AUGACGACAUUCGUCUUCGACAAUCCGCAAUCCUCAGCUUGCCUUGCAAUUGCUCAACACGUCGUCUAUUCGGGGGCUUCCCCUUCAUAUGGCUUCACGCCCCACCUGGACGUUCGCACUCCACCUCAAGAAGCGCUCAAACCGCGUCAAAACUCCGUAUGUGCGGGUCGAAGAAACCAAUCAAAGAAUAAACCAAAUCGACAAAAACUGGCGUGUUUCUUGCAAAGGAAUGUAGAACAAACCGUAUACAAAACUAGAGCGACCAAAGGAACGCAGGGGCUAGCUACGAUACUGUCCAAUGCAGACAACAACAAAAAGAAAGUCUACACAACUGUCUGGGUGGGUGCUGGUGUUCGAUAA